AUGCUGGGAAGCUCACAGCAAGCUGGACAGUGCAAGAAAGCCUUCUCAUCCACAAAAGCAAGAGCUACUUUGAAAGUUGUCAGGAAGAGCAUUUGCACCAUUGUCUUUCUCACCAUUGCUGCAGUCAUAGGAGCUACAGGUCCCGCGAGCAAGCCACUGGAGGAUUUGCUCACACAAGCACAGCCUUUGGAUGCGGAACUGCUGAAGACAAUGGGCAGGGGGAACAACUCCUCAGUCUUAGUGAUGACUGUAGGUAACAGCUCAGUUCUCACCUGCUCUCCCAAAGGAAAUAUAACUAUGCUAAGAUGGACAAUAACCCCCAAGGCUGGAGGCUUGUGCACCUUGGUAUACAGGGUUGAUAAGAACAAGACACACAGAACAACCUGCAGUGACAACAUAAACUGGACAUUCAGACCAGGUCAGCCUCCUGCCCUUGAGAUACGGCAAGUGGGAAUAGCCCAGGAGGGAAAUUACAGCUGCGAAGCAGCAUCAACAGAAGGGAAUUUCCACACAAGGUACCACCUGACCGUGCUGGCCUCCCCGAGGCUGAGCCUGUCCUGUGAUGAGCAGGGCAGCCCCGUGUGCGAGGCAGCAGCGGGGAAGCCGCCAGCUCAGCUCUCCUGGGUCCCAGAGGGCAGCUCCACUGCAGAGGAGAAGUGCCACAACAAUGGGACAGUGACUGUUCUCAGCAAGUUCACAGCAUGUAGCACCAAUGUCACCAAUGUGACCACCUGCAUGGUGUCCCACCCAGCUGGGAACUGGAGCCAGUCCACACCCUGCUGUCCCUCAGGUAUGUAUGGGACACAAUACGCAUAA